AUGCGUUUAGUCACGAAGACGACAAUCCAGAACUUCAAUGUGAAGACAAAUGUUAUCAACAACGUUGUUACCGGACAGGCACCAAUCCCGAUUCCAGCCUUUCUUUCACAACUCUGUGAUAGUUUAGCAAUGAAGAUGUCGGCAGACCGUGGGGGAGUCUACGUAGCGAGAACGGAAACAUUUGAUCAGUGUCCAUCUUUCGAUUGUAUGUGA